GAGAAUGGAGUGGAUGUCUCGAUACACUGCAUAAACGUCAAAGAAAUAGAUGAAGAAAGACUCCUCGGAGCUUUGCUCCGGUCAUGUUGGGAUUCUCGUUGGAAGUUGAUACUUGUAUCAAAAUAUGGCUACGUCACAUAAUAAUGUUUUAGAUAUAUGUUGCUGCCAUUCACUCGAGGUUUCCUCGAAAUGAAUCAAUCCUCUCUUCUAUUCUGCAUUCACAUUAAAGUUUAAACUAUAAGCAUAGCCACUCGAACCCUGCCUUGCCAGCCCUCUAAUAAGUCGAACUCAAAGUUGUUCUCCAUUAUCAAGUCUACACACAACACGAACAUAUAUCCUCAACAAACGUCAAACUUCAACGGCACCGCACAACGCAACUGCAAACACAAAAUGGCACCUUUGAUUACAAUGCAAAAGUCGCCCGAAAGAGCAUUUGCUCUGCAGAAAUACUUGAUCCUCCACUCUCAGCAUGAUGCUCUCCAGAAGCACAUCAACCAAGUGGCUGCUUCCAUUCCCGAUAGUCCCACCGGAUAUACUGAUCGUCAUCGCAACUUUUCCAUCUCUUCAGACAGCAGUACUGGUAGUGAUGCAUCCAUUUCACCUCUCAGUCCACCUAUCCCCAACAUCAACUCCCGCAGGGGCAGUCUUCCAACCUCUUUCGGGCACAUGCAACAUUCUCACCGCGAAGAAAGAACCAAUUCACUACCAGCGGUUGCGGAUGAAUCGGUCGUUGAAGUGAUUCAGGAGGAUGAGCAGAAGUUGAAGGAUGUGAACCAACAAAUCAAGACUGCCUUGACUGAUCUACUCAACUGUGAGAGUGUAAAGGGCGAUGUCAGAUAUAGGAAAUGGGUUCAAACACGAUUGAUGGACACGGAAAGAGAAUUGAAGGAGCGCAGAACGAGAAGUUGUGAGAGGAGAAGAAGCGAAGACAUGAGUCUUUGAAGAGAUCCUUGAGAUCGAACGAUGAAAUGGACGACAGACUAGAGGAACUGAUACCCCGAUAGAGUGGUUGGGCUAACGGCGGUAUGGUAUGAUAGCUCCAAAUGGGUAUCGAAUAUCUACAGGAUGGACACGGUUAGAAAAGGCGUUUUAGGAGGGGAGGAAGGAUCUUUGGCUUUCCGGAUUUUAUUUGAUACCCAUACGCUGUUUUUCGCAGCACUACUAUUCAAUUCUAUGACUUUUUCUGAUGUAUAUUUACAUACAUGGCUUCACGAACAUGAUCUGUGAUUUUGCAGAUGUUGUGUGUGAUGUGUGAUAAUCGGUGAGUCGGAGUGUUA